GCUGCCAGAGCCAGUGUGUACACGCCAGAUGGUGAAUUGUAAAUUAUUACCUGCUUCAUUUUAAACUCAUCAAACGGAGAUUAGGCGCCUUUCAUUGGAAAUCAUAAAAUAAUACUCAGUGUCCAUUACUGUUACCUGUUAACACUUACACUAAUCACAGACAGCUGCAUCGAUAGUUCUCUGAAAAUUUGCACAACUUUAUGACAGUCUAUCAAAUUUGCGUGGACGUCUACCGUAUAUAAAAGUMGGGAUAAAAUAUUUGGAAAUCUAGUUGCAAGGCAGCAUCCGUCAACAGCGCGUAGACAGAGUCAGCAAAUAAACGCAGACAAAACUAACGUUUAAACAUGGCAAACAUUGAGACAAAUCUAAUUCUACAGCGUCUGAACAGUCUGAAAAUUGUCGAAACGCCAAAGCAGACGCAACGUGGUGAUAACGGAAAACGCGAAUGUUACUCGGAGGACUUUAAGUCUCAUGUACCAGCUACACCCUGUUCUGGCGCAGUUGGAUUUUUAACGGAGCUGAAGAAGCGACGAAAAGUCA